CACUUCCACUCUCGCGCGACAGACCAUAGACCACACGACAAGACCACACGACGGACCACACGACGCACACCACGACGGGCCCGCGACACCAGAAUCGCGAAUCGCAUCGCUGCCGCCCUCGGUCGCAAUGAACACGGCCAAUUGAAGCGACCAUGGUUCGUGUCACGGAGGAGCUGGUGCUCUCGCCAGAGCAUGUCACCCUCUACUCCGCUAGCGACCCGCUGCUUGGCCAUCUCCCCGUCCUCAUCUUCUACGGCCCCUCCACCACCGCCAACUAUACCCACAACAGCUCUCGAAUUCAGAUUCACAUCUACAGCCCGGCUGGCUACGUCUCCUUCCCGCGCAUCACCGUUUCUCCGAGCUCGCCUUUCUACAGCGUCGUCGCCCAUCUUCCGCGCGAGUUUCAGGGCGAUGAAAUUUGCAGGGGGCUUGCCUUUGGCCUGCGCAGAUACUUCGCCGAGCUGCCCGAGGUUGUCAAGAACCAUUUGAAGAACCAGUACCCGGUCACCCGUGCCCGCCGCCCAGGGUCCGCACCGGCCCUCUUCGGCGAGCAGCAUGCGGCCGACCUGGCCAAGGCUGCCGUCCAGGCAGGGAACACCGCCGAGGUCAUCGAGAUCCUAGAAUAUGCCCUACGGACGCAGCAUUUGAGCGGUAUCGACGUGGACCUGGUCCUGCCGCCGGGCUCGAUCGUGCCUCUAGAACAUGCCGACUUUGACGAGGUGCCCGACGACGAGGACGAGGACGAUAUACUAGACCCGACUCUGCGGCAGUACGGGGGUUACGCUCCCUUGGUCAAACUCUUCGGCGAGCCGGUCUUUCUGCCAACCUCCAAGCUACGGCGAGCGCCCUCGAGGCCGACGUCGUUGAACCGUAGCAAGUCCUUCAACAAGAACCAAAAGGUGGAGCUGCGUAUGAAGAUGGGCGAGCUGGUUGACACUGAGGAGCGCUACGUGCUCAAGCUUAAUGAGCUUGUCAAUAAUAUUGCCAACGACUUCCGAGUAAAAGCCAAGGAGCGCCCUUCCGAGAGCAUCAGUCCUUGCGAAGAAGACUUGGAGAAGCUGUUCCCCAAGUCGGCCGACAGCAUCCUGGAGAACAACUCGGCAUUUAUGCAGGAACUCCGGCGGAUCAUGGACGAGACCGAAGAGGAAGCCGUCAAGGACAUGGAAAUCCCGUUUCCUGCCACUAAGUUGGGUGGUUCCAACAAGGCGAGGGAUCCGAGCGGUGCCGUCGCUAUGGCAAAGGUAUUCCUCGAGUGGUUCCCGAAAUUUACCGACUGCUAUCAGGACUAUAUUCGCGCCAGCCAGAACUUCCCCCAACUCCUCAAUACCUUCCUCGACAACCAGUCAAGCUUCCGUCAGCGGGUUGUCCAAACAGGCGAGCAGACCAUUCGCUCGCUCCUGAUUGAGCCGGUACAACGACUGCCCCGAUACAGCCUCUUUAUUGACCAAAUAGUCGCCUGCCUUCCCAUCACCCACCCAGCAUUACAACUCCUCCUCCGGGCAAGGGAUAUCAUCACUAAUAUUUGCUCCAUGGACGACCCGCUCCCGGAGAAGCCGCACGUCACAAACCGCCUCCGCGCUAUGGUAGAACACUGGCCGGCGGACCUUGAGCCCCAGGGCCGGCUGAUCGUGGCUGUCGACUUCCUCGAGCUUGCGCCACCUUACGACUUUGUCUCGCAGAGCCAGGAGCUCUCGGACCGGCCGGGGGUUUUGCUCCUCUUUUCCGACUGCAUCGCCAUCCUCCAAAAACGGACAAAUUCCAACCUCACAGGCCGCGACUUCUUGCGCGAAAUUGACAAACCGUCUCCCGCAGGCUUGCUGGCAUCCAUGACCAAUGCCGCCGGUGGACCAGGAAUGUGGGAGUUUGCGUUUACCGGUUGGCACAACCUGGCUGAUGUCCGCUUCACCGAGUCCUCUGAUGGCCGGCUUGUCUGGAUGACGUCGACGCAGGAGAUGAAAGGCGCCCAUCCCAACGAGCAUUUUACCAGCAAGGCCAUCACUUCGCGGUGCUUCCUCCUCCAGGACCAUUAUGAGGGCAGAGCGAGCAAAUGGAGCGACGACAUUGUCAGAGCCCGUAUCGAAGGCCGGUUUGCUGAGAGGGAGAGGGAAGACCCUACCUGGACGCUCCGCACCGUGAGGAUGCAGGACAACAAUUUCGGGCUGCACGCCGCCGUCUUUCAGGAGGGCGCUCAACAGCUUAUAGAGGGGCGCAGGGAACCGGCCCCCAUCCGCAUCGUCAUGGACAACGACAAAGGCACCAAGGGGGCGCCUGUCGGCCAUUACGGCGUCGAGGUUGUGCUCGAGGCGAGAACCGGCGACAUGCGGCGGAUCUCGAUGAACACACUGGGCCUGAACGGAAAGAAGUUCACUGACGACGUGGCCCUGGAAGAUUUCCUACCGACCCUCUCGCGCCGGAUCGUCCAGCUGCUCAGCGCGCAGUUCAGCGUCGCCAACUUGAGGCUUGUCCCUGCCUUAGUGUCGUACUACACCAAGAUGUUGCGUGCGAUCAACAUCACAACCAAGGUGGAGAGGAAUAGUCGAUCCUUCCUUUCCUCUUCCCCGGUGAAGAUGCUCUCAAACCUAUUGGUUGGGGGCACCGCUUCGUCGAGCACGACCUCUCUCGAGAACGUGGGCAGUAGCGGGUCGAGGCACAAACGGAAUCGUUCCAACAGCACGAGGGAUUUGCCGGUGGUGAUAUCCGGGUCGAUCAAGGACAGAGACAUACCGCGCCUCACCGUGGAAGAAGAAGAGCCGCCAGAGAACCCGCUGGUUCGCCUCGAGCAAACAUUUACCGGAUACGUGGCCAACAUGCAAGCGCGCAAGGGCUACUUCAUUGGCCGCACCCUCCUCAACAGAUCAAUGGCCGACGAGCUCCAAGUGAACGACCUCUACAACCGUCUCAUCGAAUUUCCUUUCGACUUGGAUGCGUCUUCGGAGCUAGGGACCGAGGUCAUCUUUGCGGCGUUCGAGAAGUUCAUCCGCAUCGCUUGGCGCGAGCAGAUCGGGCCGGUCAUGACCAUGCACCAUCUUGAGGCUCUUCAAGUGCGAGCGGCCAAAAAGGUGGUGGGGGACUUUGCCGAUUUUGUUCGCUUCCUGUUUAGCGACAUGGCCCCUCAGAACCGCCGGGCGUUCACCGCUCUCAUGAAGUUGCUCGCGGAUCUUCUCGAGGGGUGCAGCAAUGACGGCGACAGAGGGGCCUUGACGCUUGCAUUCGCAGAGAUGCUGGUGGACGACGCAAAUCCGUCGGAUUACAUCAACCUUCUCGACCGCCUCGUCGAGGAUUGCGACCGCAUCUUCGAGAAGGCGGACGCCCCGGAUCCCACCGGUUUGCUCAGCGGCUUUCCCUAUGAAGUUUUGAUCGCCAGCAACCGAAGCCAAAAGUCAAUUACGGGAUCAAUGACUUCGAACACUUCGUCACUCCGGAGGAAGUUCGGGUUUGAUACGCUCUUGCGGCAGAAUAGCAAGACGGAGACCGACCGACCUUCCAUGUGGCGCACGCUCAGCAAGCACAGCAAGUCGUCGAGCUCGGAGAACGUGACCUUGACGAUAGCCGGCAGGUCAAAAUCAGUAGACAUGGGCGCCAAUUACACAAUAUCAAACCGGCUCCGUCGCCCAGGAUCCCGGGACCGGCCCCCGGUUGCCGGCGCCUUUGAUGAUAUCGGACACCGCCCUCUGAGCUCUCACCGGCUCGAAACCAUUGGCGAGCCGGAAGUGCCCGAAUCGUCAGAGACCAAGUCCCUCAAAAAGAAACGCCGAAGCUCACUCUCGGACCUCAAGUCUCUAAUGUCGGCGACAAGCCUGGAAGAGGACCCGGAGCUCAUGCCUCUGAGCGUCAACAACCAGCAAACAUCCGAGAAGUUCAAUUCAGUCCCUCGGUCGCCAUCGCCCUCCAAAAUCCCGGCCAGCCCCGAAUCUCACACACAAUCUUUCCGCUCGUCGAAGCAGAAGGAGAACGAUGUGGACUCGUUCCAGUCACCUACCGAAUCCCAAGACGAAGGCGAGAAGCCGGCCACGCGGAGACCGCGUGCUAGAACCAUAACGAUCUCGCAGAUCCCGACCCUCAAGGCGCCACCGUCGCGCAUCCCCGGACCUCCCCCACUAGAAUCGCCCACCCGCCCGUCCAGCAGCCCCGGCAAGGCGUCCGGAACCGGCCAGAAGCUCCGCCUCCAGUCCCCACAAAAGCUCCGCGAGCGCCUGCAGACGGAGAAAAAGGCGGUCGACGACGUCGACGCCUCCCUGCGGACGGAGCUGUCGCGCAUCUCGGAGGACAUGGCGCGCGUCAACUCGGCGCUGCCGCGCUCCGCCACGGCCGACCUCCGCAAGCUGUCCACCGCGGUCAAGGCGCUCGAGGACCACGUCCCGCAGGUCAUGCAGGACCUCGAGGACCGCCACGCCCUCAUGCAGCGCGACCUCGAGGCCACGCUGCGCGCCACCGAGGCCAAGGUCAAGGCCAUCGACCAGCUGUACAAGGAGGCCACGGCCGAGAACGAGCUGCUGUACGAGAAGUUCAACUCGGAGCUGGGCAAGAUCGUCAAGGCGCUCAAGGGCAAGGGCCGCGAGGAUAAGGAGGAGCUUGUCGCGCGGCUGAAGGAGUCCAGCGACGAGGCGGCGAGGGCCAAGAAGGAGAAUGCAAGGCUCAGGAGGGAGAUGGUUAGUCUGAGGGUGCUGCUGAAAGGGGCGACGAGCACGACCAGUGCUGCUGGAGGUGGGAGUGGUGGCGCGGGCAGCGGUGGGGAGGGGAAUUAGGUGAUCGUUGGGGUGCUUGGGUGGGGAUUGUUUGGCUGGAUCGGUUGGCUGCGCGCCCUGUGCGAGCUUGGUUUUGAGGCGUUGAUGGGUUGGAUUUGGCUGGUUCGGUUCGUGUGGUCAUUGUGUUGUUGGGGCACCGGCUGGUUUUGUGUCUGGAUUAUGGCCGCGACUCAGGGUUGGCGCGGCCGGUGUAUGGUAUCGUUGAUGUUCAGCCUUUGAUGUUCAUUCGAUGUUUGAGCAUGCAUAGCCGCAGCAGAAUGCUGACAUGAUUCAACUACUUUUGUGAUUGUUC